CUUUAAUUAACUUUCCUGUCAUUUUCUCACCCCCUGAGUAGCUAGCACCAAGCUGUCUAGCCUUCCUAUACCCUACUAGGCUCUACUACACCCAUUUCUACCUCACACACCUAGCUAGCAAGUAGGCUCUCUCACUCCACACCCACACUACUCCUCCCAGGCUGCCUGCCUAAAAGGCUAGACCUAUCCAUCUCUUCCCCCCACUCCUCCAGCAUCGCCAUCAUCCACUGUUCAUCCACUCCAUCUCUCUCUCUCUCUCUCUCUCUCUCUCUCUCCAUCGAUCCCUGCAGGUUCUUGCUGCUGCUGCUGCUGCCUUGCUUGCUGUCAAGCAUGGCUUGACCACCUGAGAGCGAGGAGAGCAUAGCGUAGUACUUGGCUAGCUGCUGUUCAAUUCCUCAUGGAUGAUUGGAGGAUCGCUAGCUAGGUCGCCCGGAUCCACGGACACCUCUCCUCGUCUCGUGCUCGUGCAUGCCAAGAUCGAUCGAUCCCAGCUGCUGCUGCGAGUGGAGCAGUGGAGGAGGAGAUCGGCUGCUACCUGACCUAGAUCGGGAAGCAGAUUCAUCCGGUUGCAUUACGGCGGCGAGGCGAGGGCGAGGAUGGAUCGUCACCAUCACCACCACCACCACCACCACCAUCACAUGAUGUCGGGCGGCGGGCAAGACCCGGCGGCGGGGGACGGCGGCGCCGGCGGCGCCACGCAGGACAGCUUCUUCCUCGGCCCGGCCGCGGCCGCCAUGUUCUCCGGCGCCGGGUCGUCGUCGUCGGGCGCGGGGACGUCGGCGGGAGGCGGCGGCGGCGGGCCAUCGCCGUCCAGCUCGUCGCCGUCGCUGAGCCGGUACGAGUCGCAGAAGCGGCGGGACUGGAACACGUUCGGGCAGUACCUGCGGAACCACCGGCCGCCGCUGUCCCUGUCGCGGUGCAGCGGCGCGCACGUGCUGGAGUUCCUCAAGUACAUGGACCAGUUCGGGAAGACGAAGGUGCACACGCCGGUGUGCCCCUUCUACGGCCACCCCAACCCGCCGGCGCCAUGCCCGUGCCCGCUCCGCCAAGCCUGGGGCUCCCUCGACGCGCUCAUCGGCCGCCUCCGCGCCGCCUACGAGGAGAACGGCGGCACGCCGGAGAUGAACCCCUUCGGCGCCCGCGCCGUCCGCCUCUACCUGCGCGAGGUGCGCGAGACGCAGGCCAGGGCGAGGGGGAUCAGCUACGAGAAGAAGAAGCGCAAGAAGCCCUCGUCCGCCGGCGCCGGAGCCGGGCCCUCGUCCGAGGGGAGCCCGCCGCCACCCGGCGGCUCGGCCAGCGGCGGCGGCGACACGUCGGCGUCGCCGCAGUUCAUCAUCCCGUGAGUUCUUCUCGAUCCCCAUCGCCAUCUCCGCAUCUCCAUUGAUCGAUCGAGCCUCGCAGCAAGAAAUUCCAAUCUCCUUGGCAGAAAUGCCAUCUUGCUUUGCCAGUACAAGGCAUCAUAUCUCUUCUUUCCUCCUGAAUUGGUUUCGAUCUCUCCCAUUUUGCAAAAAAAGAUUUCUCCUCUUUUUAAUUUCAUCUCUGUCUCGCUUUCUAAGCUAGGACGAAGGUCAUGCAUGAGUGAGUACUUAGUUUAAUUCUUGUUUUUUUCCUUAGCUUUGGGACGUCAAUUAAUUGGUAGCUGCUGUCUUCGAUCGAUCUCGUCCCGUUUGGUUUAAUUAUUUUGAUGCAAGAACUGGAGUAAAUUUGAUGAGAAUCUCAAGCUAGCUAGCCUAAUUAGGAGUUGUAAUAUUUGUUUUAGUCUGGGGGAUUUGCAAGAACAAAAGUAGCAGAAGCUGUAGGCAUAGCAAGCUAGCUAGUGUUAGUAUCUGUAGAAUUUGUUCUUGUAAUAGCUUGUCGCCAAGCUAGCCAAGUGCAGUGGCGUCAGCAAUGCUUCCUUCUAUCUAUCAUGUACUAGUGAUGAUGUCUUGGUCUUCCUUUCUUGGUUGAGCAAAAGGGCAAAAAGGGAGAGAUCGACUAGCUGAUGAGAUGAUGAGUGAUUUCAAUUGGUAGCUUAAUUAAGACAGAAACAACAUGUGUUAUGUGUACUUGUCCUGGGAACAGAUUCCAUAUAUAUGCCAAAUGCUUUAAUUUGGGCUAUGAUCUGUGUGCAAUGCAAUGUUCUUGAUA